AUGAUUCCCAAAGCUUUAGCAUUCAAUUUGAAGCCCAGCGUGCUCUGCCUCCGUCGAACAGCGCUGCGCGUGCUCUCUUCCUCUCCCUCUGUAUUCAUCUCGAUACCAGCAAGCAAAGCGCGAUCAAUUACACAUCUCGCAUACCCAGUCUCCUUCAGAAAAUCCCAGGGUGCAGCCUUUCUGCCCCUCCAGCGAAGACACUACGCCGACGAACCAGCUACACAAUCCGAGCCCGAAGCAGAUGGAGCAACCGAAGCCCAACAUGGCGACAACUCGAUAGCUGCCUCUGCAGACGCCGAUGCUGAUGCCAACACUUUCACACCCGCUGAACAAGCCGAAGAAAGCGCCGCUGCAUCAGAGGUCAAGUCCGCAACCGAGAAAGCUACCGAGCAAGCCUCCUCUACCGCCGGUUCAGUGAAAUCCGCCGCCCAAACAGCUGGGGGAGCCGUUACUGGUGCUGCGCAAAGUCUUGGUGCUGCUGCCGGAUUUGGGUCGCAGGGAUCGGAAACUGGCAGUGACGCUCCACCUGCAGAGACGUCUAAAACGGUAUAUGUGGGGAAUAUAUUCUUUGAUGUGAGGAGCGAGGACUUGAAGAAGGACUUUGAGAGGGCGGGACCGGUGGUUGAUGUGAAGAUUAUAAUGGAUCCGAGAGGUUUGAGUAAAGGAUUCGGCUACGUCAACUUCGAAACCGUCGAAGCCGCCCAGCGCGCCAUCGAACUCUUCAACAUGCAAAACUACGAAGGCCGCCGUCUCUCCGUCCAAUUUUCGCUCUCCCGCACAUCUGUCCCUCCCCCACGCACGCCUUACGCAAACCCCGCGGAUCGCCCAAUGCACCCUCCCACCAAGACUCUCUUCGUAGGAAACAUGUCCUUCGAUAUGAGUGAUCGCGACUUGAAUAGUCUAUUUAGAGAGAUCAAGAAUGUGAUUGAUGUGAGGGUAGCAAUUGAUAGGAGGACGGGACAGCCUAGAGGCUUUGCGCAUGCGGAUUUUACGGAUGUAGAGAGUGCGGAGAGGGCUAUGAAGGAGUUGUCAGGCAAAGUGGUCUGUGGGAGACCCUUGAGAAUUGAUUUCUCGCUGAGUGCGGGAAGGGCGGCUGUUGGGGGUUCGUAA